GGCGCGCCGGAAGCGCGAUUCACAGCCUCCCACACACACACACAGACACACGCACACGGCUGGUGGCGUGGAUGGCCGGCUUCGCGGAACUCGGCUUGUCUUCGUGGCUCGUGGAACAAUGUCGGCAGCUGGGUUUGAAGCAGCCUACGCCCGUGCAGCUCGGCUGCAUCCCCGCCAUCCUGGAGGGUCGGGACUGCUUAGGCUGUGCCAAGACAGGCAGCGGCAAGACAGCGGCGUUUGUUCUUCCCAUCUUGCAGAAGCUGUCUGAGGAUCCCUAUGGCAUCUUCUGCCUUGUCCUGACACCCACCAGGGAGCUGGCCUACCAGAUCGCGGAGCAGUUCCGGGUCCUGGGGAAGCCUCUGGGCCUGAAAGACUGCAUCAUCGUCGGCGGCAUGGACAUGGUGGCCCAGGCUCUGGAGCUCUCCCGGAAACCACAUGUGGUCAUCGCCACCCCGGGGCGCCUGGCCGAUCACCUCCGCAGCUCCAACACCUUCAGCAUAAAGAAGAUCCGCUUCCUGGUGAGCCGGCCUGGCCCUGCCCUCUUGGACCUCGUGAGCUGGGGUCGGGCCUCUGGGCCCAGCGUCGGCCUGGGGUACUGUCUCAUCCGAUUGGGAGCCGCGUGUCCCCUAGACCACCCGGUCAAGUGCUAGGAACAGUGACAGGGACUCUUCAGGGACCC